UUAAAAAGGAGCCAAAAUGAUUGGAAGAUCACUCAAUUUGUCAAGAACAACUUUCACAAACUUCGUUCGUCACCAUUCACAUGGUGGAAUUCCAGGAGAGAACUUGCCAUUCGGAAUCCACAACAGAUUUAAGCUUACAGCCUAUUUCAUGCUCUUCUUCGGAUCAGGAUUUGGAGCUCCCUUCUUGGUUCUCCGUCAUCAACUUUUGAAGAAGUAAAUUCUAUAGUUAUUCGAUAAUUCCUUUAGUCAUUCUGGACAUAAAUGGAGCAUUAAGAUAAUGUUUAUUUUAACAGAAGUUGUAAUUAAUUUGUAAUUCGAGAGGAAUAUUAAGGAAAAGCUCCC